UGAUAGGUGUGGCCCCCAUGUGAGGGCGCGUAACCGUGAUCUCAACAUCUCGUGAUGUGAAGUUGAUCAUCAUCCCCACGUCACCGAUCUACGCAAGUCUCUCCCUUCUGAGAGCUUGUACGGUACGCACACCUGUGUGUCCGCUUCCUCCCCCGCAUCAUCAAAAGUAGAUAUAAAGGAGAAAAGAGAGUACGGUCUAGGUUUAAAGUACAUCUGAGGACUGUGUAUAGAGGUGUCAGGAAUAUGCUGGAGCGGUGUUUAGCGGUAGUAGUGGUGCUGGCAUCAGUGGCCUUGCAGGAAUCCAGCUGCGGAAGCAACCCACAGCACUGGCAGUUCGGCCACUGGUAUGGGAAGAGAGAUUCCACAUACUCCUCCGGAAAACCACUGCCUGAUGGCGGCAUCAUAGCCCCGGACGAUGCAGAAAGGCUCAUCACCAAACUACUACAGCUUACACAGAAUUCAGUGACGUCAGAGGAACCGGCACAACAUGUACCGAUGGCGUUACCACCAAGGUCGGUGACGUCAGCACAGCGGUACCCCUACAGUGAUGACGAGAUGAACCAACAUGGCCGAGAGCUGUCUGCAAUAGUUGAAGGUCUUUUGCUGUCUGAGUCGCCGUUUUGGAGAGCGGUGGCGGAAGAGCUGAUGAAGCAGUCCCUGCUGUUGGAAAAGAGCUCCUCGAAGAGAAGCUUCUCACCCGCUGCAAGAUGGCGACGAUCAGCCGUCCGCACUGAGGGCCCUUACCAGGAGCCGAUGUUUCUCAAAUAGGAUAACUGAUCACUUAAGGUGGUCAGGGUGUUAGAAGGAGUGCUUGAGAAGAGCGUCAUUACGCCUUGCUGUUACUUGUUUAGCCAGGCGCAUUACUCAGAAAGAAGAAAGUAUUAUACUGAAAUGGGAAAAGAGGAGCUUAGUCAGAUAAUCCAUAGCCUAGACUCGAAGAGUAGCCCAAGGAUAUGGACUUGUCAGGUAGAUCGAUGUUAGAAGGAUGAUAAGAUUAUCAUGGUUCUAUCCGAUUUGUUUAAGUAAGUAGGAUUCCGGUAUUAAGAGCUAAGAGAAGAAGUAUAAUACCUAUUAAGUACAUGUGUUUGUUGAUCGAUGGACCAAAAGUUAAAAUACGUCUUCUAAGUUUUGAAAGUAUGUCUUCCUGAUAGUGGUUGCUUCAGAGUACUCGUGGUCAACGGUGCCUAAACGCAGUUUGAUUCUUAAGUAUGGAGCCAGCAAAGAUUAGCCAGCGUUGGUUCUGAAUGUUUUGGGAAUUAAAGAAAGCCAUUAGCUCAUUUCCAUACAAUGAAAGAGCUUGGGCUCGCCCAUUGCAACUUAGUAUUGUAGGUAUCGCAGAAUGCGAAAGAAUAUCGCAACUAAUAUGUAGAUUUAGAGAGGAUAAGCAUGUUUUCAGAGACGAUUACAAUUGGUCCAGACUUAAAAGGUGUGGUCAUAUAUACUAUUGUAUAUCAAAUUGCACAACUAUUUGGGUACUGCAAAUAUUGCAUGGUUUUGUGUUGAGCUAAAGUUGUUCACGUCAUUGCCAUGUGCCUACAAAUGACGUGAUUGUUAGUUGUGAUGUACACGUGAAAUCGGGGAAUAAUCAGCAAGGAAAGACUCGACAAUAAAUACAUGUAGUCCUGAUAUUUCAAAUCACA